UUACCUCGCCAACCGUCGUUCCAUUUACAUAUGAAUUAUACAUGAACUGCAUUUACAACGUUUGAAUGACGACGGAGCCAUAUCAAUGGGUGUGUCAUAAAUCCAUAAAUACUAGCUGAUGCCCAGAGUUUCUGCACCCAUUGAGCCACCUCUUCUCCUAAGGUGACUACGUUAUCAAGUAAAACGACGACGCUGGGAGAUAAAAAUGGAAGCAAGUGAUACAGGAAGAGUCAUUAGCAGUAGACGAACACACAGUUUCAAUGGCUGGACAAAUAAUAACACCAUGGAAGUUUUCUCCAAGUCUUCUCAUCAUCUUGAAGAUGAUGAAGAAGCACUCAAAUGGGCUGCUGUGGAGAGAUUGCCUACGUAUUUACGUGUAAGGAGAGCUAUACUUGAUAAAAAAGAGAUCGAUGUAAAUAAGAUUGGGUUCCUAGAGAGAAGGAAUCUGUUAGAAAGAUUAGUGAAAAUUGCAGAGCAAGAUAAUGAAACGUUCUUGUUAAAGCUCAGAGAUCGCAUGGAAAGAGUUGGGCUUGAUAUGCCGACCAUUGAAGUAAGAUUUGAGCAUUUAAACGUUGAAGCAGAAGCUUAUAUUGGAAGCAGAUCAUUGCCGACGAUCUUCAACUUCUCCAUUAAUUUGUUAGAGGGAUUCUUGAAUUGUCUCCACAUAUUUCCAAGCAGAAAGAAGCCAUUGCCAAUCCUUCGAGAUGUCAGUGGAAUCAUCAAGCCCAGAAGAAUGACACUGCUUUUGGGCCCGCCAAGCUCAGGCAAGACGACGUUACUAUUGGCCUUGGCUGGAAAACUUGGUAAAGAUCUCAAAUUUUCAGGAAGAGUUACGUAUAAUGGACAUGAAAUGGGAGAGUUUGUGCCGCAGAGAACAGCAGCUUACAUAAGUCAGUAUGAUCUUCAUAUAGCAGAAAUGACUGUAAGGGAAACUCUGGCUUUCUCUGCAAGAUGUCAAGGGGUUGGCCCUCGUUAUGAAAUGUUAGCAGAAUUAUCAAGAAGAGAAAAAGCUGCUAAUAUCAAACCAGACCCUGAUAUUGAUGUUUACAUGAAGGCAGCAGCUCUAGAAGGGCAGGAGGCUAAUGUAGUCGCAGAUUAUAUUCUUAAGAUUUUAGGACUGGAAGGAUGUGCUGAUACAAUGGUUGGCGAUGAAAUGAUUCGGGGGAUCUCUGGCGGAGAGAAGAAGCGAGUCACAACAGGUGAGAUGCUGGUUGGACCAGCAAGAGCGCUUUUCAUGGAUGAUAUAUCAACUGGUUUGGAUAGUUCAACAACUUUUCAAAUUGUCAACUCACUCAGGCAAUCAAUCCACAUUCUCAGUGGAACUGCACUUGUCUCUCUUCUCCAGCCAGCACCAGAAACAUAUGAUCUUUUUGAUGAUAUAAUUCUCCUGUCUGAUGGACAAAUUGUGUACCAAGGUCCACGAGAAAAUGUGCUUGAGUUCUUUGAACACAUGGGAUUCAAAUGUCCCGAGAGGAAAGGAGUUGCUGACUUCUUGCAAGAAGUAACGUCAAGGAAAGACCAAGAGCAGUACUGGGCGCUUAAAGAUUUGCCUUAUAGCUAUGUUUCUGUGAAGGAAUUUGCUGAAGCAUUUCAAUCAUUUCACGUUGGGCGAAAACUAGGUGAUGAACUUGCUACACCAUUUGAUAAGUCUAAAUGCCAUCCUGCUGCUCUAACAACUAAGAAGUACGGUAUCAGCAAGAAGGAGCUCCUGAAAGCAUGCUUUUCAAGAGAACUUCUACUCAUGAAGAGGAACUCAUUCAUAUAUAUUUUCAAAAUGACCCAACUUGUUAUUAUGGCUCUCAUAUCCGUUACAGUAUUUCUGAGAACGGAAAUGCACCGCGAAACAUUAACAGAUGGAGGGAUCUAUCUUGGUGCUCUUUUCUUCGCAAUUGUUACGCUUAUGUUCAAUGGGUUCACAGAGCUUGCACUGACCAUCAUGAAACUCCCUGUCUUCUACAAGCAAAGAGAUCUCCUAUUUUACCCUUCAUGGGCAUAUGCUCUACCCACAUGGAUUCUCAAAAUUCCCGUCACCUUUGUCGAAGUUGCCAUAUGGGUGAUCAUAACUUAUUAUGUUAUAGGUUUUGAUCCAAAUAUUGAAAGGUUUUUCAAACAGUAUUUGAUACUCCUAUGUACAAACCAGAUGGCAUCAGGUCUAUUUCGUUUGAUGGCAGCACUAGGAAGAAAUAUAAUUGUGGCUAACACAGUUGGAUCCUUCGCAUUACUUGUAGUAUUGGUUUUGGGUGGGUUCGUCAUAUCACGAGAUAACAUCAAUAAAUGGUGGUUAUGGGGUUAUUGGAUCUCACCUUUGACGUAUGUGCAAAAUGCUAUCUCAGUGAAUGAAUUUCUUGGGAAGAAUUGGAGACAUGUUCCUUUCCUCUCUACAGAGCCAUUAGGAGUUGGCUUGUUGAAAUCUCGUGGAAUUUUCCUUGAGGCACAUUGGUAUUGGAUUGGAGUAGGAGCUUUAAUUGGAUAUAUUUUAUUAUUCAAUUUCCUUUACACUUUAGCCCUAAAAUAUCUUGAUCCAUUUGGGAAGCCUCAGGCAACACUAUCAAAAGAGGUGUUAGCUGAGCAAAAUGCUAAUAGAACUGGAGAGUUUAGUAAAUCAUCAACAAGUGGAAAGAGCUAUCUGGAAAGAGGGAAUGAGAGCCAUAAAAGUAUCUCAUCCAGGACACUAUCUGCAAGAGUUGACAGUUUCAAUGAUGCAAAUCAGAACAAGAAAAGGGGAAUAGUUCUCCCAUUCCAACCCCUUUCUAUUGCUUUCAAUGAAAUCAAAUAUGCUGUAGACAUGCCAAAGGAAAUGCAAGCUCAAGGUAUUCCUGAAGAUCGCUUAGAACUUCUGAAGGGUAUCAGUGGUGCUUUCAGGCCAGGAGUCCUAACAGCUCUUAUAGGUAUUAGUGGUGCGGGCAAGACGACACUUAUGGAUGUUUUAGCUGGAAGAAAAACAGAUGGUUACAUUGAGGGAAGCAUCUUCAUAUCUGGGUAUCCAAAGAAGCAAGAGACUUUUGCUCGCAUAUCAGGAUACUGUGAACAGACAGAUAUCCACUCUCCACAUGUUACAGUCUAUGAGUCAUUGCUUUAUUCUGCUUGGCUUCGACUACCCCCUGAGGUUAAUUCUCAUACAAGAAAGAUGUUCAUUGAGGAAAUUAUGGAGCUUGUGGAGCUGACCUCUUUAAGAGAAGCACUUGUAGGAUUGCCUGGUGUCAAUGGUCUUUCAACUGAGCAGCGCAAGAGGCUGACAAUUGCAAUUGAACUUGUUGCCAACCCAUCUAUAAUUUUCAUGGAUGAGCCAACCUCUGGCCUCGAUGCCAGGGCAGCUGCCAUAGUUAUGAGAACAGUUAGGAACACAGUAGAUACUGGGCGAACGGUGGUGUGCACGAUACACCAGCCAAGCAUUGACAUAUUUGACGCGUUUGAUGAGUUACUUUUAUUGCAAAGGGGAGGUGAAGAAAUUUAUGCAGGUCCAAUAGGCCGCCAUUCUUGCCAUCUGAUCAAGUAUUUUGAGGACAUCAAAGGAGUUCCUAAGAUUAAGGAUGGUUACAAUCCUGCAACUUGGAUGCUGGAGAUUACUUCAGCAGCCCAGGAAGCUGCUCUUGGGAUUAACUUUGCUGAUGUUUACAAGAACUCAGAACUAUACAGGAAAAGCAAAGCUUUUAUCAAGGAACUAAGCACACCUCAACCAGGUUCAAAGGAAUUGUACUUCCUAUCUCAUUACUCGCAGCCUUUCUUAACCCAAUGUAUGGCUUGCCUAUGGAAGCAGCAUUGGUCAUAUUGGAGAAACCCGUCAUAUACUGCAGUGAAACUCUUGUUCACAACUGUAAUAGCUUUGAUGUUCGGGACUAUUUUCUGGGAUCUGGGUUGCAAAAGAAGAAGGCAACAGGAUAUCUUUAACGCAAUAGGUUCUAUGUAUGUCGCACUUAUCUUCAUAGGAGUACAGAAUGCUGUAUCUGUGCAGCCAGUUGUGGCUAUCGAGAGAACAGUUUUCUACCGAGAAAGGGCAGCUGGAAUGUAUUCUGCAUUGCCAUAUGCCUUUGGACAGGUUAUGAUUGAGCUGCCAUACGUUUUUAUCCAGACUAUUAUAUAUGGGGUCAUAGUUUAUGCCAUGAUUGGAUUUGAUUGGACAUUGAGCAAGUUCUUUUGGUAUAUCUUCUUCAUGUACUUCACCUUCUUAUACUUCAGUUUCUAUGGGAUGAUGACUACAGCUAUUACACCCGACCACAACAUUGCUGCAGUAGUUGCAUCUGCUUUCUAUGCAUUGUGGAACCUUUUCUCAGGAUUUAUUAUCCCUCUACCGAGGAUUCCUGUCUGGUGGAAAUGGUACUAUUGGUCUUGCCCACUAGCUUGGACCUUAUAUGGAUUGGUUGCUUCACAAUUUGGAGAUUUUAAGGACAUGUUAGAGACUGGUGAACCUCUGGAUCUUUUCUUGAGGAGAUAUUUUGGGUUUAGACAUGAUUUUGUUAGAAUUGCUGCAGUUGUCACUAUUGGAAUCUCUGUGCUCUUUGCAUUCAUCUUUGCUUUAGCUAUCAAAUCACUUAAUUUCCAAAAAAGAUAAGCCCUUUUGUAUAUGUUAAUGUAAAGGAAAUAUGCACUGUAAAAGAAUUGAUUUGAUUUAUGUAGCCAA